UAUUUUAGCUUAUUUUCUUUUUUUUUUUCUUGUUCUUGUUUAUUGAUUUUCUUUUCUAUUAGGCAUUGUUUAUUGAUCGGUAACGUUGUGUUGCUUUUGUUUUUUUCAUAACUAUUAUUUUGUGUUUUAAUUAAUUUUCCUUUCAAUUUUCUCUUUACCUAGGUGAAUUUGAUCUUCUAACAAAUUCACAGCCUUCGUCUUUUCUGGGUUUUUGCUGAUCAACUGGUUAAAUACUAAUAAAAGAAAAAAAAAACUAAAUUUUCAGUUUAGAACAAACAAAAUACUCUCUUUCUCGAAUUCAACUUUUCCAUAAUGGUUUAAAAAACUUCUCCUUUCUUGAUCACAAUACAGCAAGGCUGAGUCUUUAGGCUUCUGUUGAGGAUUUUUGGGAUUUUUUACUCUUGAAGUUCUGUUAACAUGGGGCUUUGUCAUGGAAAACCCAGUGAACACCCACAUGACAGAUCACAGCAAGACACAGCUCUUCCCUUUGAAAACAACCCUCCAACUAAUUCCCACAACACAAAAUCUUCAGCCUUUCCAUUUUACAGCCCAAGUCCAUUACCAAGCCUCUUCAAGAACUCCCCAGCAAUACCAAGUGUUAAUUCCACUCCUCUGCGUCUUUUCAAGCGCCCCUUUCCUCCUCCUUCGCCUGCAAAGCAUAUCCGGGCGUUGCUUGCAAGAAGACAUGGCUCUGUGAAGCCUAAUGAGGCUUCAAUCCCUGAGGGUCAUGAGAGUGAUAUUGGUUUGGACAAGAAUUUUGGAUUUUCAAAGCAGUUUUUAGCUCAUUAUGAGCUUGGUGACGAAGUGGGACGUGGACAUUUUGGAUAUACUUGCUCUGCUAGAGCCAAGAAAGGGAGCUUGAAAGGACAGGAUGUGGCUGUAAAAGUUAUUCCUAAGUCUAAGAUGACGACUGCAAUUGCCAUCGAGGAUGUAAGAAGGGAAGUGAAGAUAUUACGGGCUCUGACUGGGCAUAAAAACCUAGUACAGUUCUAUGAUGCUUAUGAAGAUGAUGACAAUGUUUAUAUAAUAAUGGAGUUGUGCAAAGGUGGUGAACUAUUGGAUAGAAUACUUUCAAGGGGUGGAAAAUAUUCAGAAGAAGAUGCAAAGGUUGUUAUGGUUCAGAUUUUAAGUGUGGUAGCCUUUUGUCAUUUUCAAGGUGUGGUUCAUCGUGAUCUCAAGCCUGAGAAUUUUCUUUUCACUUCUAAAGAUGAGAAUUCACCUCUGAAGGCCAUUGAUUUCGGACUCUCUGAUUAUGUAAAGCCAGAUGAGAGGCUGAAUGAUAUCGUAGGAAGUGCAUAUUAUGUAGCUCCUGAAGUACUACAUAGAUCAUAUGGGACUGAAGCUGACAUGUGGAGUAUUGGUGUCAUUGCUUAUAUUCUUCUGUGUGGAAGCCGCCCUUUUUGGGCUCGGACAGAGUCUGGCAUUUUCCGAGCUGUCCUUAAAGCAGAUCCUAGCUUUGAUGAAGCCCCUUGGCCUUCUUUAUCCCCUGAGGCAAUUGAUUUUGUGAAGAGAUUGUUAAACAAAGACUACCGGAAAAGACUAACUGCUGCACAAGCCCUCAGUCAUCCAUGGCUGGCCAAUUAUCAUGAUGUGAAAAUACCAUCAGAUAUGAUAGUAUACAGGCUUGUAAAAGCUUAUAUAGCUUCUUCUUCAUUACGAAAAGCAGCAUUAGGGGCUCUUGCAAAGACAUUAACAGUUGCUCAGCUAGCUUAUCUUCGGGAGCAAUUUACACUGUUGGGCCCAAACAAAAGUGGCUUUAUUUCUAUGCAAAACUAUAAGAUGGCCGUGACAAAGAACUCCACUGAUGCCAUGAAGGACUCACGGGUUCUUGACUAUGCCAGCAUGAUUGGUUCUCUUCAAUAUAGAAAACUGGAUUUCGAAGAAUUUUGCACUGCUGCUAUUAGUGUGCAUCAGCUGGAAGGAAUGGAGACUUGGGAGCAACAUGCUAGGCAUGCCUACGACUUGUUUGAGAAGGAUGGCAACAGACCAAUUAUGAUAGAGGAACUUGCAUCAGAGCUUGGACUUGGUCCAUCAGUACCUGUGCAUGUUGUUCUCCAAGACUGGAUCAGGCACUCCGAUGGAAAUCUUAGUUUCUUGGGAUUCGUUCGACUUCUACACGGUGUCUCAUCCCGCACAUUUCAGAAGGCUUGAAUAAUAAAAACUCCAUUUUCCACCUUUAUACCACUUCUUCUGCAGAAUUAUCUCAGGGAGACAAUAUGCACUGCAUAACAUGGUAGCAAGGCUAGCUAAUGCUUUAGCUCAUCUUAAAUUGCAGAAAGGACUUAGGCCUAUCGGCAUGUGUCCUUCGUUUGAAGCUGCUGAUUCAUCAUUGGCUGUCUCAAUUUCUUCCUUCCCCCCUAUCUUUAUAUAAGGUUUUGCAUUUCAAUGAUUUAGUUUUGUGAUUUGUGUCAUUGGAAAGUAGAGGAUUGUACAGAUAAGAAAGGUAGAAUUGGCUAAAAUGUAUGUAGUGUUAGCAAAGAGCUUAAAAACCUGAGGUUUUUUUUUUUCUUCUUUUGGUGGAUUUGGGGUUUAUCCCUAGUGUACCCCUUGCUCUUCCUCUCAUUCUCAUAAUAAAUCAUUCUUGUGCUCUCUUUA